UUUUUCUUUUUUUGCACAGUGUUAAUUUUGUCCCGUGGAUGCUCAUGAGAGGAGAAGCGCUCCCUCCUUUUUUUUCUUUUUUUUUUUUUUUUUGCAAGCGCUGCAAAAGUGUUUCAGGACGCGAGACGCGCUGCACGCAGCGGAACCGACACAGGCGGACGUGGGUGAGCGAAACCGAUUUUUGAGGAAAGGAGGACGAAAGUGCAGGCUGACAAACAACAGCGGCACCUUCGUAUAUAUAUAAAUAUAUAUAAAACAAUCUGUCAACAUUAGAUCUGUUUUUCAUUCUUUCUGGAGCGCACGCCUCCCCCCCUGAGAGCCGGGAGCGGAGGAGGUCUCUCUUGUCUGUUAUUAUUCCAGCAGAACAGUUGAUCCUGAGCAGCCCGGCUCCAGACGCUGCCCCGGACGACAGCCAAUCGACCGCUCUCGAAAAGAAUGGGUUGUUUUUGCACUGAAGGGGACGGGGCUCUGCUCUAACUCCGGCGGAUCAUGUCAGGGGUACACGCUUCAGAAACAGGACAUUUUUUGGACCCUGCCAUCAGCGCGCCGCAAGCCCAGGGCGCGACCAACGCAGGAGGGAUUGGUGGCGACGGGGCCGCGCUGCCUCCGACCGCUUCUCGGACGUAUCUGGAGGUGUCGAGCGCUGCCCAGGGGUAUGGGGCCGAGGGAGUGUACACCAAUGGACGGUACAGGGACCACAGCAGCUCACGGAUCGGGAGUGGCAGUCGUGAUAGUUCCGCGGAGAGAAGUCAGGGAGCUGGAAACGCACCUUGUGGCAUAAUGAAGGAUGGUUCCAAACAGAAGCAGGUCAGGAAGAAAACGGUGUCCUUCAGCUCCAUGCCAAGUGACCGCAAGAUCAACAGCACCGCUGCUUGCAUGGCUUUUAUGCUGGAGGGUUGUGAGAUGAAGAAGGUGCGCUCCAACUCGCGCAUGUACAACCGCUAUUUCCUGCUAGACCCAGAUAUGCACUGGCUCAGAUGGGAGCCAUCCAAGAAGGAUUCAGAGAAGGCCAAGCUGGAAAUCAAGAGUAUCAAGGAAGUCCGUUUGGGGAAAAAAACUCCAGUUCUGCGCAGCAAUGGUCUCUCAGAUCAGUUCCCUGAUGAGUGCGCCUUCUCAAUCAUCUAUGGAGAUAACUAUGAGAGUUUAGAUUUGGUGGCCAGUACGGCAGAUAUUGUCAGCACAUGGGUCAUGGGCCUAAGAUAUCUGGUGUCUUACGGUCGGCACCCUGUGGACAUGGCAGAACCCAGUCAACCGAGCUUAAGAACAUCUUGGAUUGGUUCCGUGUUCGAACUAGCAGAUAUGGAAAAGGGGGGACACAUAGACCUAUUCAGAGCAACACAGAUAAUCAAGGGGCUUAAUCCUGGAAUGAAAGAGUCCCGAAUAGAGCUGAAGUUCAAGGAAUUACAGAAAGCCAAAGACCAAUAUGGGGAGGCAAUUAAUUUGGACACAUUUGUAGAGGCCUAUUGUGAGCUCUGCACACGGCCUGAGAUCUUCUUUCUGCUGGUUCAGUUCUCUAGUAAUAAAGAGUAUCUGGACAGUAAAGAUCUGAUGCUGUUCGUAGAUGUGGAGCAGGGUGUGGAGGGAGUAACGGAGGAGAUGUGCAGGGGUAUUGUUCAGAAAUUUGAGCCCUCUGCCAAGGGCAGAGAAAGGGGCUACCUCUCCAUCGAUGGUUUCACACACUACCUCCUGUCCUCUGAAUGCCACAUUUUCGACCCGCAGCACAAAAAGGUGUGCCAGGACAUGACUCAGCCUCUCUCUCAUUACUAUAUAAACUCCUCCCACAAUGCCUCCCUUCUCGAUGACCAUUUCUGGGGUUCAUCAGACAUCAGCAGCUACAUCCGAGCUCUGAGGAUGGGAUGCCGAAGUAUUGAGGUCAUAGCAUGGGACGGGCCUGAUAAUGAGCCAGUGGUAUAUGUUGGAAGCUCUGUGGCCUCUCAGCUAGCUUUCUCUAAAAUUCUAGAUAUCAUAAACCAGUAUGCUUUUGAAAGCUCCGAGUAUCCUCUUAUCCUGUGCUUGGUGACCCACUGUUGUAUCCCCCAGCAGAGGGUCAUGGCUCAACACCUGAAGAAAAUUCUUGGGGAUAAGUUGUAUGCUGAACCACCCAACAAAGAAGAAAACUACCUACCCUCACCUGAGAAACUUAAAGGCAAAAUACUGCUCAAGAGUAAAAAGCUGCCAGCAGGCUGCACAGAUUCCGAGGGGGAUGUAACAGAUGAGGAGGAAGGUCUGGAAAUGUCCCGCCGAGUUGGAGCUGAUGAAAGGGACCAGCUGAAUGGUUUGGGGUGCAAAAGACUCAGGCUGUGCAGGGAGCUUUCUGACCUCGUGUGUCUCUGCAAGUCAGUGCAGUUCAGGGACUUUGAACUUUCUAAGAGGGAGCAAAAACAUUGGGAGAUAUGUUCCUUCAAUGAGGUAGAUGCAAACAGAUUUGCCAAUGAGUUUCCAGAGGAAUUCGUUUGUUACAACAAGCGCUUCCUCUCCAGGGUUUAUCCCACGUCUAUGAGGAUUGAUGCCAGCAAUAUGAAUCCCCAGGAUUUCUGGAAAUGCGGUUGCCAGAUUGUGGCGAUGAACUAUCAGACACCGGGCUUGAUGAUGGACCUUAACCUUGGUUGGUUUAGGCAGAACGGAAACUGUGGAUAUGUUUUGCGCCCGGCCAUUAUGAGGGAGCAGGUGUCCUACUUCAGUGCCAAUGCUCGGGACUCCCUACCAGGAGUGUCGGCGCAGCUUCUCCACAUCAAGAUAAUCAGUGGGCAGAAUCUGCCAAAGCCUCGGGGCUCUGCUGCAAAGGGUGACGUGGUUGAGCCUUACAUAUACGUAGAGAUCCAUGGCAUACCAGCAGACUGUGCCGAACAAAGAACCAAGACAGUGUCCCAAAAUGGAGAUAAUCCUAUUUUUGAUGAGAGUUUUGAGUUCCAGAUUAAUUUACCAGAACUCGCAGUUUUACGCUUUGUUGUACUGGAUGACGACUACAUUGGAGAUGAGUUCAUUGGUCAGUACACCAUCCCGUUUGAGUGCCUACAGCCAGGCUAUAGACAUGUCCCUCUGCAAUCCCUUACGGGAGAGUUUCUGCCCAACACAACUCUGUUUGUUCAUGUGGCCAUCACCAACAGGCGUGGUGGUGGAAAGGCACAUAAAAGGGGUCUCUCUGUGAAGAAAGGUAGAAAGGCUCGGGAGUAUACCACCACCAAGACCACAGGGAUCAAAAUAGUGGACGAACUCUUCAGAGCUUCCACCCAGCCCCUCAGGGAGGCAACGGACCUCAGAGAAAAUGUGCAGAAUGCCAUGGUGUCCUUCAAGGAGCUCUGUGGCCUGACUCCGGCCGCCAACAUGAAGCAGUGCAUCCUGACUGUAUCUACGUGGCUGAUGAACAGUGAGCGGUCACUGAAGGUGACAGUGGACCUGAGCGAGACCUACCCCACCAUGGAAGCGCAGGGUCCUGUGCCUGAGCUCCUGCGCAAAGUGCUAAACGCCUAUGACAUGAUGAUCCAAACCAGCAAAACCCUGAUUGAGUCAGCUGAUGUUGUCUACUCCAAGCUCACACAAGCACAACGGGCAGGUCUGGACUUCCAUGAAGACCUGCAUCGCAUCGGAGCAAAGGAAGGACUGAAAGGCCGGAAACUUCAGAAGGCCAUGGAGAGUUACGCUUGGAACAUCACUGUGCUUAAGGGCCAGGCAGACCUGCUGAAGCAUGCGAAGAUUGAGGCACUGGACACUUUGCGUCAGAUCCACUGCGCAGCUCAGUCCUGCGGCCUCAGUAAAAAUGGAGCGGCUUCCCCGCAACUUCCGCACCAUCCUCACCAUCCUCACCAUCCUCACCAACAGCCACCACAAGGGCAGCAACAGCCUCCGGCCAAGCCCCACCCGCAGCCUCUGCUGCUCCAUCCGCCCCACGCUGCUCUACAACCCCAGACCUCGCCCCAGUCCUAUCUCCACAACCACCAACAGCUAUAUUCCCAGCUGUACUCCCAGCCGCUUCCUCUCCCUCCCGCCCAAACUGUUUUAAAACCGCCGGCUUACUCACACCCUCCGCCCUUACCCACAAAUCAGUUCCAGUCACAGAGCCAGCAGCAGAGGGCGGCAGGACCUCUCAACGCCAUCCCGGAGAGAGAAAAGGAGAUGGUCAACGACGGUCCUGCAGGAUCCUGCUGACUAGCAGCCUGCGCCCACAGCGAAUCCCACCCAAAGAGAGACAGAGAGAUGGAGAAGCAGAAGGACGUUGAAGGAAAUCAGGAUGCUAAUAGGGAAGGAGCGGCAGAAGACGUUGCAGGGAGAGUUAAAGAGGUGACGACAGUGAGAAGGAGUCGCCGAGUUCGAAGCGAAACACAAGUCUAACAGUCCAAUCAUACAUUUCACAAAGGGAUGUUUGUUCUUCUCUCAAUUGUGAGCAUAAUCCAUUUCAGCAAGAAGUUACAAAUCUCUUUGCCUUUUAUCUUACAAGAAGUAACAAAAAAAAAAGGGGGGGGGAGGAAAUUUCAGGCUUGUGUUUCUGGGUAGGAAUGUACGCCGUAGGCGGAACGAUGACAAAGCUAUCCCUGUCUCUCUCUGGGCAUCGCUAGUUACAUGCGACUCCACGAUGUACACUAGCUCUGUGGGUGCAGGCUUUACCUCACAUCGGCGUUUUAUGCCACAAAAAUGCCUUUUUUUUUUUCAUUUCAGAGACACUCUUUGAGCUUUUAUUUUGUCAUUUUUCACACUCCUCUCCUGACAUUUUAGAUGUAAUGCUCAGCGCAAAUCCCUCCCUUCUUUCCAUAAUGAGGGUGCAGUUUUAAUUUUUAAAUGCACAAAUUAGAGCAGCUCCUGCUAAGCUGGGCACCGUAGGAGUCCAAAUGACCUUUUUAGCACAAACCAGGGAGCAUUAGAGUUAGUAUAGUAAAAAAAAAAAAAAAGAAAAGAAUCAGCAUUUGUUCCGUGUUCAUUCGUUUAUGCAUUUCAUUUUUUAAGCUGCUGUCAACAACCAUCAGGCCAUGCAGAUCUCUUGGGUUGUGCGUUCAGGUUUGAAUUCAUUCCUGGACACUCCCCAUAGGAUUUUCCUGUCUCCUACCUGGGGGCUCUGCGUAUGACGUUAUGUAAGUUGAUGUCUUGGUCCCCAGGGUGGAGCUAACCCACAUCCUUCAGUGGUGGAGCUCAGCAUUCAGUCACAACUGGAAUAUUUGACCCUUUUUAAUGGUGAAAGGUCAAACUCACCAUGGUACUGUUGUCUGUGGAAUAACACAGUGAGUAUAGGUGUAAACUCUGUGUAGAAUUUACGAAGGGAACAUGUAUUGCUAUAAUUUUCAGAGAUUAAUGAUUGAUAUUCUUAUUGUUGUAAGUUUUAUUGGUAUUCAGUCUUUUUUUAACAUUACUUCCACAUGUACAGUGCUUUGACACCUGUUGUUCUGUGGAUCAGGUCAAGACAACCAGUGCAUUCGGGACUGUAACGGUGGGUUACGGGUUAGCGCCACAACACAAGGUGCAAACGAUGACAUGAGAGAUGUUUCACUUUAAAGUGAGUGUACAAAACUGUAAGAGCUCCUUCGAGUUGCCCAUUAAAGCUGACUUCAUUGGUUA